AUGUUCUUCGAUCAGUUCAACGUCAGCUCCAUCGCGCCGCUCCUCCCGUCCUUCGCCAAACUUUUCCACCUGCCCGAAACCUCCUCAACCCUUCUCCUCGCGGGCCGGUCCACAGCCGCCAUUCUCUUCGCGCUGCCCGCCUGCCCGCUGCUCUCCUGCGUCACCGCGUUUUGCGGGCUAACGGUGACUUUGCUGCUCUACGCCGCGACACUCGUGCUGCUCGCGUAUCCCGCGGGCCCGCUAUGGUUGGCUGGAGCGCUCAUGCUACAAGGGAUUUGCACGCAGCUAGUGCGCGCAGGCGCGCUUUCCUUCGCCACGCACGCGCACAGCCCUUCCGAGCUCCCUUCUCCUUCCCCUUCCGCUUCCGCUUCGGCUUCCGCUUCCGCUUCCGCUUCCGCUUCCGCCGCCUCCGCAGAGAAGCUUCCGCAGGUGCUUCCGGGGGAAGAUGGCGCACUCUCCCCGCAUCCCUCCGACCUCGUUCCCGCGCUAGCCGCCGCGCCCAACACAACAGGCGGAAAACCGGAAUCCGCCACGUCAGCAUCAUCCCCCCAGCAGGGAAAAUCCGGCGCCGCCAGCGCCGCCGCCACCGAAGCGCCAAAGACCGCGGCGGCCGCAUUAGGCGGGCGGGAGCUGCUGUUCGGCGCGGUCGCGAUGCUGUUCGCGUGGGCGGCGGUGGGCUCAGUCGCUGGCCCCGUUACAAUGACGUUCCUCUUCCAGUUCGGGUCGCCGUCCGUCCCGUUCCUCUUCUCCCUCGGGAUUGACGCGGCGCUGCUGUUCCUCCUCCUCUUCGUCCUCCCCUGCUGCUGCGGCGACCGGCGCCGCAAUAAAGUCGCUGACGUGGAAAGUGUAGCUUCUGCUGUAGCUGCUGCGAAGGCGAAUGGCGGUUCGGGAGGAGCUUAUAUCGGGUACGGCGGAGAUCGGGACAAUAUCGAGUACAAUGGUGCUAUAGGAGGGGGUAAUAUACCGGAAGUGCCAUUAACGGAUAGCUUGCCGACGUGGCAGCUACAGGUGUCGGAGCAAGAACGCCCCGUCGUGUACCGAGGCGCUCCCAUCUUCGCCAUUCCUUCCAGAAGCUCCUCCCUCACACGCUCCACGUCAGCACGGUCCUCAUCCAGGUCAGCAGCGGCGGACGUGCCCCUUUCUCCCCUAGGAUCCGCGGAAAGAGGGCAUGUGGAAAUCGGGGCGCUGGACAAGCGGGCGGCAACUGGGGAAGGCUCAUCUGACGUGGCGCUUGCAGUGGGGAUGUUCAAUUUGGCGUAUACUGCAGGGUAUGCUUCAGGACCGCUGCUGUCGGCGUUGCUGGGGCCGCCAGGGCCGCUUGCUGCUGCUGGCGCUGCUGGGUGUGUGCUUGAAGGCGUGGCAGAAAAUGGCUGUGAUGUCUGGUGCGUUCCUGCUGCUGCUGCCGUUCCUCUGCUGCAUGCUACAGUGAACACUCAUUCCCACACCCACCUGCAGCAUACAUGCAGCGCUGUUGCUGCUGUAUGCUUCAGGGCUGCUGCUAUUGGCAUUUCUGGGUGUGUGGCUCAACGCAUGGCAGAAAAUGGCUGUGGUGUCGGGUACUCAGAAGUCUCUCGUCUCGUCUCCACAACCUCCUCACUCACAGUACCACCCGCCUACAGACUAAGACCCACGGUCCUCCCAUCCUUUCGCCUCAGCCCAGCCACGUAUUGUCGCUCCAGCUGCUCCUGUAGCUCCCUCUGUUUUUCCUCCGACAUCACCACCCCCACUGGUGCAUCUGCUGCUGCUGCUGCUGCCGUGGCUGCAGCUGCCUUUGCUCCCUUCAACCCCUGCACGGCACGCCAGGGCACAGGGAUGCAUGGCGAAGGUAAGAAAAAAAGGGGAUGGGCAGGCAGGGAGGUAGCAUACGGAAGAUUGGAUAAGUCUGUGCAAUCUGCAGCAGCUGCUGGCAUGGCUGGUGCUGCCUUCGCUCCUUUCAACCCCUGCACACCACCGCGACUCACGAGGCACAUGGGACGUGUGGAGGAGGGAAGAGCAAAGGUGAGUCAGGGAGGGGGAGGCUAG